AUGCCGGUCCUCGACCCAGCGGCAGAGGCUUCACCGCCUGUGGAGGAUGAAAUUAGACAACUCUCUGAAUUUGUACAGCAAGCUUGCGAAUCUCGAUAUCAAUCAUCUUCGAGCCUUCUACAAUCACAAGAAAAAGCCUGAUGCUGUCGCCGCCAGGAAGACUACUACAAAGGCAUCAAUCAAUUCCGAGAGGUAAGAUCUGCUACGUUUGCUUUACUUGAACAGAAUACUAAUUAUUGCAAAGAGCCUUAACGGCAUCCUCAGCGCUGGGAACAAGCUCUUGAGCCAAGUCAAAGUGUCUCGAGGUAACAUUGAGGUGAUCCUGGGCACUGAAGCUGAUCAGCACAAUAUUGACAGUGCAUGGGAGGAAUACAUGAAGACGCAAAUCAAUGGCUCCAUAAUCCAAGAUACUGACACGAGCGUAGAGCAGAGAAAGGUAAGCAAGUAUCAUUUCCAAUCACGAUAUGCUGGGUAUGAAUGGCUGCUGAGUUGAUGGAUAACCACACAGAAAAUUUUGAAGAGCAUCGAAACCAUCCGCCGCUUCGACUGGGAUACUGAAGGCCAUGCUAAGGCUAACCAUGAUGUAACUUCUACCUGCGAUACCGAAUCAGCAAGUCUUACCUCUGAUAAGAUUUCCUCUUUCGAACUCGUUGAGAUCAAAGAGGAGUUGCAACGACUUCAGAACGAGAACGAUUCUCUGAGUCUUGAAAAUCGUAGCAUCAGAAAUCAGCUAAACAACGUUGAAAAGGAAAGAGAUGCGCUAUUAUAUUUUCGGUCAAAUAUCAUUGGGUAUACCCAAAGUCUUGAGUCUAAAUUGAAGUACCUAAGCUGUACCCGUGACUUUAGUGCUCUCGUCAUGGCCACCAGUCUACGUUUCUUAAACUUGUCCACGCGCCGCAAUGACUUUGGGAGUUUUACUACCAUCCCAGACCGUGGACCUACAAAUGUUGACGCAAUUGAUGGAGGAUCUGCUGCUUUACAUAGUGGCAAUGUUCGAAUCCAUGCCUUUUUGAUACAGACGGACUCCAGCGAUCAGUUCCAGAAGUAUAGCGGACUUUUCAAGAUUAUUUAUGGAGUCACAGCUUUGGAGGUAGCACAGGGGGCUGGCGACAAGUACAGCUUCGAUUCAAAGAACACCGAGAUCGCGAACUUUAGGGGCUCAAUGGCACACUGCUUGUCGUUCAGUAAACUUACACAUGAUCGAAUUAAGGAUUUGGGGUUCGAAGUUCUUCGAGAGCGCUGCGAAACCGUGUACCAAAGAUAUCUCAAAGAGCUAGGAUCCGCAGCCAAGGCACAAAUGGAAUUCGACAAUGAUUAA